CUUGCUCACGAAUAGAGGACAGAAGCGGCUCAGCAACAACUGGACCAGAUUAUCUUUUAUUUCAAAUCUCACACACACACAAGCUCCUCCCUCUCUCUCUCUCUCUCUCUCUCACACACACACACAAACAGACUCUUUUUCAUUUUCAGUCUCAGGUCUGUGUUGUGUUUGUAUUGUGGAGAUAGAGAGAGGACGAGACGAUCCCUCAGAGAGAGAGAGAGAGUGGACUCUGCACCAUUGUGUGUGUAGCAAUUUGACCACGGAGGACGAUUUACUGGACAUAAGUGUGAGUGUGUAUAAGUGUGUGUGUGUGAGUUAAGGAUGAUGGAGGCGUCAGAAGUUCACGAGGAAACAAAGGAGAAGAAGAAGAUCCACUUUGCUGUUCCCUCUACAUCCCCAACCCAGCUCGACCCACGGCAGGUGGAGAUGAUACGCAGACGGAGGCCGACGCCCGCCACUCUGUUUAGAGUAGCUGACCAGCCGUGUCCAGAGGACGAGUACACUGCAGGGCAGUGGGUGGUGGGUGAGAACGGAGUCCUGAGACCAAAACGUCUCAAUCCCAGCGCCUACCAGCCUCCUUCACUCAAAGCUGUACAGCAGAUGGCUGAGGCUCAUAUGCAGAAGUUGGGUGUGUAUCCUCACAUGGAGGAGGACGGAGAGGAUGAAGAGCGGGUAUUAAAGUGUACUCCUGAUUCACAGAUGGAGACGAGCUCCAGAGAUGAGACGAGUAAAGCACAGAGCAGUGACAGGACUGAGGAUGAGGAUGAGGUGAAAGAGGAAGUGAAGGAAAAGGAAAAAGAAGAAGAGGAGGAAACAGAAAAUGAUCAGAAAGACGGAGCAACAGACGGAUGAAAGAACAAAAAGAGAGAUGAUGAUAGAGCCUCAGAAUAAAUCAACUGGAGAAACAGAAAUGUGUGUGUGUGUGUGUGUGUGUGAGAAAGAGAGAGAGAGAGUGUGUGUGCGUCUAUGUGCACGUGUGUGUGUGUGUGUGACUCUUCCUGACUCCUCCCAGUUCUGUUUAUUUGUAUACACACACACACUCUGACCUUGUGAUAGACUGAAAUUAUAUAAAUAAUAAAGAUAUUUGUUGAUGCUUUAU